CGUCGAUAAAGGGCCAAACGUAGAACCUCUUUACAGAGAAAAAGCGUCGGCUUUUUUUGUUAUUUUCCUCCCCCCGGUCGAAAGAAAGAAAAAAAGCUCAAAAUGAACAUUUUCUGAAUUUUAUUUCCCGGAGGACGAUGAAAAUUUAAAGCCCGUUCGUCAUGGAAGACUCGCUGGAGUUGUUAUUCUUCGACACCUUUUCUCACGAGAGCUCCGAGGAAAUCAACCUUGACUUGGUUCAAUUCCCCAAGCCAGUUUACAUUGGCGAAGUGAGGAUUAUUCCACUUGGAGCAAGGGUACAGGCUGAUUUUCCUGGAGGGGUGAGAUUAGGUGCGACAAACCCAUCUCAGUUCAAGAUCGAGUUUUUUGUCAAUGACCUGAGCAAGCCGGGCGCGUCGACGUUUGAAAACCUCGGCGCCAUCGACUACAACCAAAAUGGCAACAUACACUUUGAGUACAACCAUUCUCGUCCUCCUAUCCCAACCGAUGGCCUCGUCCUGAGAGGCUGGUACACCACGAUCACGCUGGCAGUGUACGGCGUACUGACGAAGACGGUCCCGCCCGAACCGGCUCAGCCCGAUAUGGUGACUUCGGUCGAUUGGCUCCAACAGCAUUCUCAGAUGGAAGAUGGCACGCGAGAUUACAUGGUUGAAGGUGGCCACCACUACACUAGCUACCCCCAAGACGAAGUUGGGGACGCUUACACAAGCCAGGAUUACCGCCCUCAGCAGUCAUACUCCUGGCACCAGGGAUGUCAUCAGGAGUCGUACGACACACCGAAAGAGGCGUAUGAGGGAGAGAGUUGGGAGCUUCGUCAGGAAGACAAGCAUUGGGAACGGUCGAAGGACAGGCAUCAAGAUCAGAAUUUCAGAUAUGAAAGGAGGCAUGAAGAACGUAGCCCUGAUUACCAUGAGCGUGGUACGCCUGAAUACGACGGCCGGCAAAGCGGCGAUUACUACAAGUCGAGGCGUUGGGUCUCGAAUGAGUGGAGCGGAAGCAGGAAGAGGCCGCAUACUCCGCCACCUCCUCCAACGGUUACAGUCCACGAAACAUCACCUCAGCAAGGACAGUUUGAAUCAAUGUCACCCGGUGACGUUGAAUCGAUAUCUGAAGGUGAUAUUCCGGAGACUGAAGGCAUGGAGGAGAGUGGAAAAGCAUCACCGACUACACCGCCCGCUCAGUCGACUUCCCCUCAGCAAAAACACACCGGCGAACCUUUUGAGCCUAUAUUAUCCGAUGAUGAAAUUGUUGACGAUCAGGAUAUGGAUUAUGAUUUUGGCGAGUUCACCGAAGAUCCUUUACAGUCGUUCAACCCGUACAAUAAUGAAAUCCCUAGUCUUAAGAGUUUCUACGAUCCCGCUAUUCCUGUCUAUGAGUGGGAGACGAAGGAACUGCUGGAAAAGACAGACGAAGAUGGUGAAGCUUUGAAAAAUCUGAUUAACUCAAUAACGAAUCUGCACGACUCUAAAGGCGUCUGGGUUGAGACUGUAGAACAGGUCAUAGUGUGCAUCGAAAAGUCACUGACGAAAGUUGCAACCAGUGAAAGAAAAGAGAUAUUGGACAAAUUGAUCACAUGGGUUGCGUUUGGUUUGAACUUCAAAGAAGCAUUCGAGCAGCCGCAGCCGGGGCUGAAAUUACGCCAUAUAAAAGCCGGAAUACGUUUGGUCGAAUCGUUGAGCCAGUGCGGUGAAGAGAUAACGCUUAGAAUGAUAGAGGAGGCGGAUGCGCAGAACAAACUUCUCAAUUUGUACCACGAAGAGUACAUGGCUUUGAUAAUAAAACUCAUGAUCCUGAGGGCCAUCGACGCCACGAUCCGCUAUGAAGCGACAGUCGAGAAGUUCAUCGAGAUUAAAACCGACAACAAAAGUGGAUACCAAAGGCUAAUCGACAUGGUCCAAGGGAACCAGCACGCCCGCGUCAAAUACGCCCUCUGCGCCCUCGUACAGAAACUCCACUUCUACGAACUGCUUAAAUCUCUAAAAGACAACAUUCAAAAUUUAGACAACGAUAUUAAAAAAAUGAAAAGAAGGGGUGUUGACAGGUCGGAUAAAUUUGACAGGGAGUUUCUCAGCAUGGCUUUAGAGGAAGUGCUUAAAGUCUUCAUUGAAGCCAGGACUUUGUUGUCACAUCCGAAAAGGUUUUUGCCCGUAGCGGCUCAGUUCGAAAUAAAUACCGACGAUUUCCCAGACCCUUACAAAGCCAUCUACACUUAUUUCAGAUUUACGAAUAUAAUAAAAAGUUUUGUCACUCUCUUUUCCCAUCCAGGGACAUCGUUGUACCUCCCAAUCAUUGCUCCUGUUAAUGGACUCAUAUCAGAGAUAUUGGAUACUGACGAUGGAAUGAAGUUUUUAGCAUCUAGUCCUGAGAUCAAUUCAUUGAUAAGACUUUUAUUGGGAAGUUCAGCGAAACUGGAUGAGAACGAAAUGGGAGUACCGGGACUGAAUCCUACGCUCGGCUUACAUCUGGCAUACCGUCUGCAGGCGUUGUUGUAUCUGGAUUCGAUUAAAAGUCUCAGAGAUGUUGAUUCAGACAAGCCGGAGAUAAUUGACAGCAUACAGGGGCUUUUCAAUCUGACCUUGUCGAACAUCGGAAAUAUAGGGAAGUCGUCGGUUGUACAUGUUUUGAGCCAGGGUUCGAACCUGGACGUCCUACUGGAUCUUCUCAAGACGAAAUCGAAUAAAAAAAGAUCACCGAGUAGAGGUUAUAUAUGUGAUUUGAUCGUGCUGACGAUCAAGCUCACGGCUCAUGUUCCUUUCUUACAAAGGUAUUCAGAAACACUGGUCGAACUGUCGAAAGAAAGUUUUACGGAGAUAAGCGAAAUACAGAGCUGGCUGUCACCGAUUGAAAACUGCACGACAUACGAGGCCACUCCGGUAUGCGACAUAAUCAAAAACAACAUUGACGCUUGUACUUCUCUCCCACCCGAACUUAUAACAUCAGUCAGGCUGUUGAAAUUCCUCGGCGUGCCGAAACACGAAAUCGACCUGUCGAAUCAAAACUUCACAAGCAAUUACAGAGAGUUGAAACACAAAUUUAUAAUAUUACAGCUGUAUUCGAACGACGGUCUGACCCACCUGUCGAACAUUUUGCAGAAACUCUGCAAGCAUUACGACCAACCUUAUCUGCAUUCUUCGAGAUUCAUAGCUAGGCAGGGUCUUCUUUUACUCGCGCUCAUUUUACCUGCUGUACAGCUGAUACGGAGGAUGAUAACUUACGUUAUAAACGUGAGAAAUACAGACUUUAAAGAUUUGACCCUUGUGCCGAUUCUUUUACAGACUUUCAGCUUGAUGCAAGCGAUACCGCUUAACGCUCAGGCGCAUACAGACGCGAUAAGAGUCUGCCGUGAAAUAAUCGAGACCCUGUUGGCUUACACUCAGCCUGUGUCAAGUGAGACGAGCACGGAGACGGAAGCUUUAAAUAAAAGUUUAUGGACCGCAAUGGUCUCAGAGGUGAUUAAAUUUGCAUCGGACGUUCCUUUGAAUUUUAUGACUGGAUUGAUGGUCUUGUCAGAGCUUCUUCCUCUCCCGUUGCCGAUACAGACGAAAAGCGAGCUUUCGGAAGAAGAGAUUUCCAAGUUUGUCAAUUCGAGGAGGCUCUGGUCGGCUCAUUUGCACUCUCUGGGCUCAUCAAUCGAAUCGAUGAUAAUGAUAAUGUCGGCAAGCAGUUGUCAGCCGUUGUUGCAGCUUUUAAGAAGGGUCUGCAUCCAGCUGGCCGACAUCGCGGCCCCGACGGCCAUACUCGUCGUCAAAACGAUACUUGAAAGCAUGUCGAACUUGAUGAACGACAAAAACAUGCAUUUGCAGCUUUUGAGGCAGAUCAACUUCCUGGCUUCACUUAUGUCGCACGGCGUUAUAAAAGUCACAUUCCUCAAUUUGCUACAGAACGAAAAGAGCCUGCAGCAUUUUCAGAAUUUGCUCAAAUCUUUCGACCAGAAGGCGGAGCAGUGCGUGCAGAUUCAGGAAGGUCUGGCGUCCAUCUGCCAGUCGCUAGUCGACACGGAAAUCUACCUCGUUCAACCUCCUGGACUUGAUUCGUCCAUAACGAUUGAAACGUUCAUGAGCUGCGCACUGCCGCCGAAAGACAUCCUCAUGAUGAUUUGCCUCGCAAUGAUCAACUAUUUAAAACACGACACUGGUUUCACAGUUUCCCUCACCAUACUACGAUCCCUCAUUCUCUUGGCAGAUCACGAUUACGGUUUCCAUCACGUAAAAAUCUCGUUGGAAAAACAAGUCGGCUGUUUGUACAAUUUACUAGUCCGAGUGGAAAAGUUCAUGUCGCAAAAUUGGGGCGAGAACAAAGAGAAGAAAGACGAAGGUUGGACACCGGAAAAGCAAGAAUGCCUUGCUGUCGUAUCGUCAGCCCUUGAACUCUUCCGUAGCCUCGUAAAUGUAGAAGCGUCCGAGUUCAAUAUGAGAACGCUCGUACUGACGUUUUCUGAACUCGGGAAGAUAAUCAUGUGGCCUUCACCAGACAACUCACUCCUAGUCAUAGAAGAAGUUUUAAAAAAAAUAGUCAGCGAAGGUCAACAGGAUGUUGAACAACUAGUUGAAACACUCUCUUCCUUUUUUGUUAAACUGUCGGAUAUGCAGAAAAACGAGGCAAAAUCCACGAGUGUAGCACCAGAAACAAGCACGGAACCUACGAUACCGCCAGCGGAAUCAUUGUUGACCCAAUUUUCCAUGAGGACUGUCUAUACAUUGACCGAUAACGAAGAAGAUCGUCUCUCUACGGCUUAUUGGCUCUCCGCACCAAGCAGUGACGAGCCAGAGCAAGACGCAGAAAUCGUCACUGUUGAUUUAUUGGAAAUUGCCAAGACGGAUUUAGGUGGUGUUUCAUUGAGCGAUGCAGUCGCACAGCUUUAUGACAGGAAAAAUGAAUCUGCAGAUACAAGUGAUGCUGAAAAAAAGGCCAAAACCAACAGUUCAAAUCAUAAAAAACCUUUUGUCACUCCAAUGAGAGGACGAGGAGGAAUCAGAGGCGGAGGUGCAAGAGGGUCUGACACGUUCCGGUCACGCCCUCCAAACACAUCACGACCGCCUUCACUCCACGUCGACGAUUUUGUCGCUCUCGAGACCUGCGGAACGACCGGCUAUACAAAAUCCAUACAGCAACAGCAGGACAAAGGUGUGAGGGGAAGGGGCAGAGGAAGGACUUUUGGUAUGGAAAGGGGUGGAAAGUUUUUCCCAGGACAUCUAUAUCACAGAGAAGGCGAUAGCAUCUGGGAUAGGUCGCAAUUAUACGGCAGCGAGUUGCUAGACGGACGUUUCGGCAGGAGCCAGAGGUCAGCCAACGUACCUAUGGCAUGGGGUUCUAAAGAGCCUCGUACGCAACGUGGUGCGUCUAGCAGGCACAUGAGGUUCUUUCAAACGAUGAAGUCAGGAAUAGAAGAUUUCCAUUAGAUAAGUUUUGUUUUUUCUUUUACAAUUGUUUUUUUACUACAUCAUUUCUUAAUCUGUUUUAGUCUAGUCUUUCAAAUUUAUAUAACUGCCGUGCUUUGCCUACUGUAAAUAUUAAAUGUUUCUUUUUAUGAAAUUGUACAUUGUGAUAUUAGUUGGAUUUUUACAAAUGUAUAUAUCUGAUUCUUGUAUCUGAACAAUUCCAAAUACAGUACAAAUUCCAAUUUA